AUAUUUUGAAUCGAUUAUCGCUCAUGAGCGUUAUUUCAAAUUUCAUUUGAAGUUUUAACUUUGUUAUCGUUUAUAAUUCCAUUUGCUUUCCUUACUAUCAUUUUAUAAAAGGUAAGCAAUAUUCGAUGGUGUAUCAUAUGUUGUCUAUUGGAAUAAUUUAUAAUAUAAGGAUUAGAAAGCCUAUCAAUCUUAAAUGUACUAUGGAAUAUAUUUGCGUUUUUUUAUUUAAAUUUUGUUUUGAAUUACAUAAUGACUUCCCUCGCGAAAUUGUGUUUAGUGUUCACUUUCAACAGUAAGCAAUAGUGUAUUUACUAUUCAGAACAGUUCACUUUCAAAACAAUUUAGACAACCAGAGUUAUCGCUGAUUGGUCGGCGCCAUAUUUUGAACAACAACUUUAAACAUAUUUAAAUAUUUUAGAAUUUAUUCAUUUUCAGGACUUCUAGAGAGUAAUUAAUCGACUAAGAAGGAUCUAUAGCUGAUAUUAAAACAAUUGCAAUUAUGGGGAAUCAGAGUGUUAAGGAAUUUACAGAAUCUCUCCCGAACGAAGUAUAUUCGACGCCACGAAAUUAUCGGUCGGUUAAUCCAGCUUUCGACCCACGUUCUCCUUCUUUGGAAAUACAAAGAACACCAAUUGAAGUUCAGAAAACUCCAGAAAUGAUCUCAGAUCCAAGAUCACCGUGUGCUAGCUUUGCAAGAACCCCGAUCUAUGAAAUCCACAAGUCUCGAUCUAAUCCCGAGCUUAAUAGAUCGUUCACUCUUGAGAAGAAAAUGAGCUCAGCUUCAAAUUCACCGACGCCAAAACGAAAAUUUAAAAGGAAGAAGAUAUCUAGCCGUUCUCCAUUUAAGGUUGUUCAAGGAUCAAUGACGCCAAGAGAAAUGGUGCAUAAGAAAUUGAUGAGAGAUGUCGAUGAAGCUAUGCAGGAUCAAGAAAAUGUCUGUAUAUGA